AUGUAUGCAGACCCGCCAAGAUCCAUGGAGCGCGUAAGCCGGCGUGAUAUCUUCACAUCGCUACCAGCUAGGGUCCAGUGGUUGCAUUCAUUUCUAGAGUUUGGGACAGACGACGUACAAGCCUUGAUAUCUGGACAGAAGUAUAUCAAAGCAGUCAUUCCUGCCAUCGUCAACAUAGUAUACAAGAAGCUUCUCAAAUACGACAUUACGGCUCGUGUGUUCACCACAAGGGACAGUAGAGAUGAGGGUCCGGUGGAGAGUUGGCCUACAGAAGAUAGUGCUCAGAUCGAGCAUAGAAAGAUGUUUUUGAGAUGGUACCUGACGAAGCUCAACUCUGACUGUACACGAAUGGACUACUGGGAAUAUCUAGACAAGGUUGGUUUGAUGCACGUUGGCAGAGGUCGCCAAAACCCUCUGCAUGUCGACUACGUCUUCCUGGGUGCGUGUCUAGGCUUCAUCCAGGAUUCCCUCUUCGAAGCCAUACUCUCACACCCCCGUCUCGAGAUGCACCGGAAGAUCGCCAUCGUCAAAGCUCUCGGCAAAGUCAUCUGGAUCCAAAACGACCUUAUCGAGAGAUGGCACAAUACAGAUGGUUCCGAAUAUACACAAGAGGAAGCCGACACGCUGUUGGGAAAAAUACAAGAGGACGAGCGCGAGGGAUAUUUACAUGGCAAGAAAGUUCUUGGGGACGAUGGCUCGUCCGUCUUCACAAGUCGUACCGGCAGCAGUAAGAGCUCCGACAGCGGCAAGACAUCACUGGGUCGUCCGAUCGAAGAAGCAACACAUCUUGGAGAUGGCAUAAGCAGAUGCCCUUUCAGCGGUAUGGCUCGCUCAGGCCCGAACCCUGCAGACUUGGAGCGUCAGCGUGCGACGUCGACACGGUCGCUACGCGUGAAUGGCACGGCGCCUGAUGUUCUUCAACAGUAUCACUCCCCAGGAACACCUCGUAUUCGCAUAAUUGAUGGGAAGACAGUGCUCAAGGAAAAUCUGGAGCCCAACCCAUUCGAACCUAACAAGUAA